AUGUCGCUCGCAUCCGGUGUUUCGAUCGAUGACCAGUGCAUCACGGAGUUCAACAACUUCCGUAUGAGCCACGGCAAGACCAAGUUCAUCAUCUACAAGAUCUCCGACAACAAGAAGAACGUCGUCGUCGACGAGGUUGGCCAUGACCAGGACUACGAGGUCUUCCGCACCCGACUCGAGGCUGCCGCCGACAGCAAUGGCAAGCCCGCCCCCCGUUAUGCAGUCUACGAUGUCGAGUAUGACCUCGGCGGCGGUGAGGGCAAGAGAAGCAAGAUCAUCUUCAUCUCGUGGGUGCCUAGCGACACCCCGACUCUGUGGUCCAUGAUCUACGCCAGCACCCGGGAGGUCCUGAAGAACGCCCUGAACAUCGCGACCUCCAUUCACGCCGACGACAAGUCCGAUAUCGAGUGGAAGGCGGUCCUGGCCGAGGCCAGCGGCGGCAAGGCUGGUAAAUAG